CCUCCUCUACGCAUUGUCUCCGAAAAAAGAGGGAGCGGCUUCGGAAGGGUAAAACCUUAAUCUCAUGUGAAUUCUUCCUUGAUUUCUGGAGAUUUUUUGUCUAUUUUCAUGUUUUCUUCGUUUAUCUGGUUGCUGAUCGUGUAUCUGACCGGAUCGAUCGGGUCCUGUGUCUUCCAUUUUGGUAUUUUCGAGUCGCUUUAAAGAUAUUUUCAAGUGUGUUCCCAGUUAGCCUCAUCCCUGUUCCCUUAGUUUCUCCCAAAUCGAAGACAAGAGGGAAGGAGAGAUCAAGAAGGGCAAGAAAAAGAUCGAACAAGAGGAGAUCGCGAGGGGUUCUUGGAGGACGAGAUGGCGUUGAAAUUUCUGAACAAGAAGGGAUGGCACACCGGGAGCCUCCGGAACAUCGAGAACGUGUGGAAGGCGGAGCAGAAGCAUGAGGCCGAGCAGCGCAAGCUCGAGGAGCUCCGCAAGCAGAUCCAGGACGAGCGCGAGAAGUCCGAGUUCCACCUCCUCCAGGAACAGGCCGGCCUCGUCCCGAGGCAAGAAAGGUUGGAUUUUCUCUACGAGUCAGGAUUGGCGGUGGGAAAGGGGAGCUCAGAUGGGUUCAAGGCUCUUCAAGCACCACCAGCGGCGGCUUCCACUACCUCAACAUCCGAGGCUAGUUCCUCCAAGGCUGCCGUUCCUGGAGCUCUAUUUGAGGAUAAGCCUCAGUCUGCAAAUGAUACUUGGAGGAAACUUCACUCUGACCCUUUGCUCCUUAUCCGUCAGCGUGAGCAGGAAGCACUUGCUCGAAUAAAGAAUAAUCCCAUAAAGAUGGCAAUGAUUAAGAAAUCUGUAGAAGAUGAGAAAAAGAAGAAGCAAGAUAAGAAAGAAAAGAAAAGGCAUUCGAGAUACACUCACGAGAAAGAUGGUACAAGGUCUAAUUAUUCUGCAUCUGAACAACAUCAUACUGAUUCUGAGCUUGGCAUGGAAGACAAGAACAGGGAAACCAACAGGCAAAGAGAACAACCUGGAUAUAACCGUCGUCGGGGUGUACCAAAGAUGUCGGAGGAAGAGAGAGCAGCUCGGCUAAGAGAGAUGCAACUGGAUGCAGAACUCCACGAGGAGCAAAGGAUGAAGCGGUUGAAGAGAGCAACGGAGGCUGAUGCCCAAGAAGCAAUGAGGGCAAGCUUUUCAAGAGGCAAGAAUUUUUUGGUUGCUGCCGAAAAUAGCAUAUAUGGAGCUGAAAAGGGAGGGAGUGCUACGAUAGAAGAGAGUGUCCGUCGUCGUGCUUACUACUCGCAGGGAAGCUCAGCAGCCCAUGAGAGCAAUGCAUUUCGACGGUGAGCAUGUUCCUGUCAUAUGUCAUCGUGUUGAAUCUGCAUAUGCACAAUUAUUCUGUUUUGAUCAGAUUCUUUAUGGAUUUAAUAUUGCCCAAAGGCAUCUCUGUAUGCAAGAUAGCACGCCCGACUAGCAACAUCUCAAGCAGUGAACACACCAACGUCAAAUACUACUAGUCAGAGAUCAGUUUGACUUGUUGGAGGGCUUUUAUCAUAAAUUAUAUGAAAGGUCCAGCUAGUAGCAGUGUAUGCAUCUGUAUUUUGGUCGGUGUUUGUGUCGUCGCUAUGAAGCAAAGCUCUUAAACCAACAGUUCAUUGGAGCGGUGGGCUUAAGGAAACAAUGCAAAGCUCAGAGUAGUGAUACUAUCUAGCUUUUCUAGUAAAAGUCUGUUUGUGCGCACGGUUGCUUUCUUAGAUGAUAUUUUCUCACAAAUACAUACUGACUUUGCAGAGUACUAAGAAUCCAUUUUAUGUGAUUGUAUCUUCAUAACC